AUGGCUGAUACCAGUGAAGUUACUAACAACCAGCUGUUGGAACUCAUGCAAGCCAUGAGAGAAGACAUGUCAACGAACAAACAGCAGACGGAUGUGCGGUUAGAAUCAAUGUCAAUCGAUAAUGCAGCACUCCGUGAAGAGGUUUCGCAGCUGAGAAGCCAAAGCACUUCCCAAGGCCAUGAUCCUACUUCAGUCCGAAUUCCACCUUUUCCUCGCCUUGAACAAACACCACCCCCUAGAGACCCUUUGCCUUAUCCUUUAAGUGCCCAGUUUGUCCCCGGGAGCACCCCCGGGGGAUAUGAUACCUCUACUUCGAGGGAUUUGACCGGUUCUCCAAGAGGUAGGCUUCCACAGCCACCGCGUUUUCCUGCUGCACCUUUCGCAGGACCCACUAUCGCUUCAGUCGCCCAGGCGGCGAUGGCCAAGCAGAUUCUCGAACUGCGGGGAGAUAUAGAUAAAUUGACUAAAGCACCUCCUGCUUUGGCCAAAAUUAAUGCCAAUUGCUAUACGGGGUCACCGUUUGUGGACAAUAUAUACCAAACGGAUCUGUCGCACAAGUUCAACGUCCCGAGCAUGAAGUUAUAUAAUGGGACUGAUGACCCCGAGGAUCACGUGGCUCACUACAAGUUAAAGAUGGGUGCUAUCGCCAUACCGUACGGCAUGCACGAGACGUGCAUGUGCAAAGGUUUUGGAUCGACUCUUACCGGUCCGGCUCUGCGUUGGUACAUCAACUUACCCAACGACAGUAUUGCUUCUUUCGAGAAGCUAAUCGAGACGUUCAUGGUGCAAUUCUCGAGUAGUCGAAAGAUUCAUGAGUGCUCUGAUGAUUUAUACCGACUGCCCCAACGAGUGGGAGAAUCCCUCCAUGACUUCCUGUCAAGAUUCAAUGCGGAGAAAGUAUCCAUACCCUAUUGUGACCCAGGAACAACUAUUCAAGCGCUCCGGAGUUGUUUACUCCCAGAUGGGGAGUUUUAUGAAGAACUCACAAAAUGUGAUGUUAGGAGCUACGAAGAAGCUCUAAUGAAAGCUACCGUAUUUGUUCGGUGGGAGGAGGAUGCGAGGAGAAAGCUAGUUAAUCCUCCUAAGGAAGAGAAACGAGAGGACAAACGUCCUAGGAAGGAUCAAUCCACCUUUGGCGAGCCUAGCAGUAACUGGCGCUCCCGCAAGUCUGGAGCAUCAGAUUAUGCAAAAAACUGUCCAGAGUACCCUUUUAAGAUACACCAAGUCGAGGCUGUACAAGUCUUGAAGAAGAUGGGCAAAAAGGUGAAGUGGCCGCCUAAGAAAGAGACUGAAGGAUGGAAAGACCCCAAGAAGUGGUGUGAGUUUCAUCAGGACAUUGGCCACACUACUCCUGAUUGCAGAGGCUUUAGAUACGAAGUGGAUUACCUGUUGAAAAGAGGUCACCUCAGAGAGUUGCUCUCUGAGCACGGUAGAGCAAUUUGGGAAAAGAGGAAAGUCGAUGACCCAGAAGCAUUGCCACCGCCGCCACCAGUUACUCAAACUUACUGUGUGAUUUCUGGGGGAUCAGAGAUCAGUGGAUUGUCCCACACCUCUGCCAAGAAGCACGAGAAGGAAGCAGCAAACCCCCCCGUUAGAAUGGCACGAUCCCUGGGAACUUUCACUAACCAGGUGAUGGUCUUCACGGACGAUGAAGCUACCCAACUGUUACACCCGCACCAUGAUGCUCUGGUGCUCACGCUUCAGGUUGCAAACAUUAACCUGAAGCGAAUUUUAAUUGACAAUGGGAGUUCCGCCAACGUGUUGUUCUUGGCUGCCUACAAAGGAAUGGGUCUAGAUGAGACCUUGAUAUUACGAAAGUCAACGGCUCUUAUCGGGUUCAAUGGUGAGGUGAGCCACUCGGUGGGAGAAGUUGUGUUACCCAUAUAUGCUCCAGGGUUGAACAAGCAGACUCGGUUUUCCAUCGUAGAUUCACCUUCUGCUUAUAAUGCUAUUUUAGGACGACCUUGGUUGCAUGCGAUAAGGGCCGUACUUUCCACGUAUCAUCAAAUCCUGCGCUAUCCCACCAAUAAUGGCGUUAGGGAGAUCUUGGGAGAUCAACACUCUUCUAGGAGUUGUUAUAAAACCACCAUGAGGAGCAAGGGAGAAUCCUCAUAG